AUGAGAGGACAUUUCUCUAUCGAGUGGAUGGCUCAGAGCAGCCAGCCGGCGGGGACCGAGACCCUCGCAGCCUGUGGGACCACUGCAGAGAGUCUGCCGGGUUUUUACUGCAGGCAGAGAGCAGAGAGCGGAGCGGAGGAGCAGCAGAGACUCUCAGGAUCCAGUCUGAACUCUCCACAGCACCAAACCUCCUCCACUAACUCAGUAACAGAAGCAGGAUUCAGCAGCGGGACAGAAGAAGAAACCUCCGGAUACGAGAGUGAAGGGAGUCGCUCUCUUUCCCCCUCUGAGCCUGCAGACUGCGCCUCCUCUUCCUCCUCCUCUUCCUCUUCCUCCUCCUCCUGUUCCUCCUCCUCUCCAGCAGGGCGGCGACCUCGCACAGCCUUCACAGCGGAGCAGAUCAGCAGUCUGGAGCGAGCCUUUAAGAGGAACGCUUACCUGGGAACACAAGACAAAGCUGAACUCUGCAAGAAGCUCAACCUGUCCGACAAACAGAUCAGAAACUGGUUCCAGAACAGGCGGAUGAAGCUGAAGCGGACGGUGCAGGACGCGCUCGCUCACGCUUGCCAAGCUAACGUAGCCUCUCAGUUCAUGCAUUACCCCGAGCUGCAGGCCUACAGGCCGGGACCCUACCCCAGAUACCACCCCCACCCCCACCACCACCACCACCCCCACCACCCAGCAGCAGCAGCAGCAGCAGCAAUGGCGGCGGCGGGGGCGGGACAGGAAGCUCCAUCAGCUACUUCCUACGUUCAUCCUCACAGUCUGCAGCAGUACGCCUCCUCCUCUCUGCCCCUGGACUCCUUCUAUCAGUACAGCAGCCUGCCAGGAGUCAUGCUGCCCCCCCACCCCUCCACCGCCUCCUCCUCCUCCGCCUCCUCCAAUCAGCUGACCCACUACCCCACCUACCCUCAAUAUUACUGA